AUGGAUCUCGCCAUCCGUGUGAAUGUACGCUACGCAGCCCCGGCCAAUUCCCAGAUCAAGGAUGCGCUGUUACUGUUUAAGAGUGCGCGCUGGGUGCACUCCAUUAUUCGCUACAUCAUUCCACAGCUUAACGGUGUGUCACCUGCCGCCAUGCAUCUCAUGGAGACGCUCAAAAGCAACCCGGCCGACGCGCGACAGCAACAAGAUGGAGAGCGUGCGGUCUGUGUCGUCUGUAUGGAGGCACUCACAUCACCCUGCGCCGAGCUACCCACGUGCCGCCACCAGUUCCACGAGCGCUGCAUUGAACCCUGGCUCAAGAUGCACAGCACCUGCCCCACAUGCCGUCACCAGCUACCUACCGACGCGUACACUAGCUACAGCGUCUACGCCAUCAACACCACCAUCGUCCUACAACAGUCCCAGUCCAGUAUGCCCGCAGCCGAACUGUUGGAACUGUCGGCCAGCAACCAGGUCAUCCGAGCCAUCGUGAACGCGCGGGUGAGACGCAACGCAGCUUCAACGUCAGCAACUGGAUUGGCCAUGCGCGGAUCUCUAUCAAGUGAAAUACCGAUAUUCCAGACUCAGCCGCCCGUCAUGAACGCAAGUGUGCUGCAACGCGGCUCCGGUCUGUCUGCAGCAUUACCCCCCUGCAUUUCUGAACCCGUAGUACCCGUCAUGCACCGCAACGCAUCCCGUCGUCGUUUCCGCGAACAAGAAACCAUCCGAGCGAUCGACAAGCGGCGACGUCUGAGUGAUUCUGCAGAGGAACAGGAUAUCUCGACCUCGUGA